ACGGAAUUGUCUGUGAUCUCGUCGUACCAUGGUUGUAAAAAAGAUAGAAAUCAAUACAAUAUUAAUUAUGCGAGAGUUAUAAAGCAUUUGUAAAAUGCAAAAUUGUGUGAAACAUUUGUUUUUUUUCACCUCUUCAUCUUUACCUCCUUCUAAAAAUAAUUAUCGGAUAUGACAGUGAGCAAAGUGCAUAUUUGAAUCUUCCUUCAAAUGAUGCAAGCGCUGUAACAAGUGACUAACGUUGCUUCUGUAAGGUUUCAUAAAUAAUUCAAAUCGGCUAAUGUUUUGCUAAUUAGAGUUGCCGAUCGAUACCGGCAAAAUAAGGUCUCUCGAUAUUAAUUCGACUGAUUCAACAACAGUAGCCCAUUCUUGUCUUGCCAGAAUGGAGGCAUCUGCUAAAGUUCCUCUUCCAUUAGAACCCAUAAAAUCAAACCAAGUUGAAGACAGACGUUUAUGGGUAGGAAAUUUAGAUUUAAGAAUUAAUGAGUACCAACUCCUGAAACUGGUCCAAAAAUAUGGUACAAUCGAAAAGUUCGACCUACUAUUUCAUCGGUCAGGACCUCAAGCUGGUCAACCAAGAGGAUAUGCAUUUGUUACUUAUAAAACAAUACCAGAUGCCAAAACUGCAAAAGCUGCUUUACAUAACUUGAAAGUUGGAGCCAAAAAUAUUAUUGUCAGAUGGGCACAUAGUGUUAGCGAGUCAGAAAUGGAUAAGCCAAAACCGAAAAUAGAUAUCCCUGCCUUAGCUGGUGCAAAAAAGGAAGACAAGAAGAUAAGUCGUGAAACAGCAAUUCAAGCAAUUGAAGCAAAGCUCAAACUAAUGAGAGAGUCAGAAGAAGAGUUUGAACUGAAUAAACCAUUGGAAGGUUCACCAGUUAUACAUCUUUAUCAAAGAGCAGAAAAUCAAAAACCGUCCACUUCUACGCGUUAUCACAGCCGUGGUAGUUAUCAUAACAGCAAGCCAUAUAAUCGUCACAAGUCAAGAAGAUAAUUGCUAUCUUCUGCUGUACUUCUAUUUAACAACAAUCCAUUAUUAUAUUUGUUUAUCUCAUGGUCAUGAUAUUUAUAUUCAUAUAAUAACCUAUAUUUAAUAUAUAUUGUUCAUAAAGCUCUGUUUUAUCAUAUUAGGGAAUUUUAUAUAUUUGUAAAAAUAUUUAGGAAUUAUUAAGAUGUGAUUCCUAAAUUACAGAUAAAACAAAUGCAAAUUGAUUCCUACAAACAAGCAAAUAUACAAAACAUAUUAAAGCUACAAAUAUUUUAAGCCAUCAAUGAAUAAUGCUUGAUAUAUGUAAAUUGACAUAUGUGUAUUUUCAUAAUAUAUAGAAACCUUUUUUUAUAAUGAACGCACAUGUGACAAAUUUUGGAUCAGAAUAUAAGGUGUAUAAAUUAA